GCCGGACCACCACCAAAGGCGCCGAAGUUUUCGGGUCCGCCGAGUCUCCUUUUCUUCGAAGGCGGGAAAAAUAAAGAUGGUGCCGUGACUGCUCCCCGGCCGGCCUUUGCUCCGCUAUCGGCCCCUUCUCUUGCCGCAACCAACUCCCUUCGAGCGGCCGAGUCCGCAGAAGCUUCCGAAGCUCGCGAGUGAGGGAAGGAGAGCCAUGUCGGAGAGCGGGCGCCCGCUGUGGACUCUGCCUGCCUUCCUGGCUCUGGUCUGGACGGCGGCUAGCAUCAGGCACGCCGGAGGAGCCGGUUCGGAGCAGCAGAUCCCCUUGUCUGUGGUAAAACUCUGGGCCUCUGCUUUCGGUGGGGAGAUCAGAUCCAUUGCAGCGAAAUAUUCAGGUUCCCAACUUCUGCAGAAGAAAUACAAGGAAUAUGAAAAGGAGGUUACCAUUGAAGAAAUCGAUGGCCUUCAACUUGUGAAGAAACUAGCCAAGAAUAUGGAAGAGAUGUUUCAUAAAAAGGCUGAAGCUGUCCGGCACCUUGUUGAAGCUGCAGAAGAAGCUCACCUGAAACAUACAUUUGAUGCUGAUUUACAGUAUGAAUAUUUCAAUGCUGUUCUCAUUAAUGAACGAGAUGAAGAUGGAAACUUCUUAGAACUGGGAAAGGAAUUCAUCCUUGAACCAAAUGACCAUUUCAAUAAUUUGCCUGUGAAUGUCACUUUGAGUGAUGUCCAAGUGCCAACAAAUAUGUACAAUAAAGAUCCUGCAAUUGUGAAUGGAGUUUACUGGUCUGAAUCAUUAAACAAAGUGUUUGUUGACAACUUUGGCCAUGACCCUUCCCUUAUAUGGCAAUACUUUGGAAGUGCAAAGGGAUUUUUCAGGCAGUAUCCAGGAAUUAAAUGGGAGCCGGAUGAAAAUGGAGUCAUUGCAUUUGACUGCAGAAAUCGAAAAUGGUAUAUUCAGGCAGCCACUUCUCCUAAAGAUGUUGUCAUUUUAGUUGAUGUUAGCGGCAGCAUGAAAGGACUUCGCUUAACUAUUGCAAAACAAACAGUAUCUUCCAUUUUGGAUACCCUUGGAGAUGAUGACUUUUUUAAUAUAAUUGCUUAUAAUGAAGAACUCCACUACGUAGAACCAUGCUUGAAUGGAACUUUAGUACAAGCAGACAGAGCUAAUAAAGAGUUCAAUCACACAGGACAAGGAAGUAUCUGCAGUCAAGCCAUAAUGCUGAUUACUGAUGGUGCGGUGGACACAUAUGAUGCAAUAUUUGAAAAAUAUAAUUGGCCGGAUAGGAAGGUUCGCAUUUUCACCUACCUGAUAGGAAGAGAAGCUGCCUUUGCAGAUAAUCUCAAAUGGAUGGCUUGUGCCAACAAAGGGUUUUUCACUCAGAUAUCUACUCUAGCUGAUGUGCAAGAAAAUGUUAUGGAAUAUCUCCAUGUGCUCAGUCGACCUAAAGUGAUUGAUCAAGAACAUGAUGUAGUGUGGACUGAAGCCUAUGUCGACAGUACUCUUCCUCAGGCUCAAAAGCUUGCUGACGAUCAGGGAUUGGUUUUGAUGACCACUGUUGCCAUGCCAGUAUUUAGUAAGCAAAAUGAGACUAGAUCAAGAGGCAUUCUCCUGGGAGUUGUGGGCACAGAUGUUCCAGUGAAAGAACUUCUGAAAGCAAUUCCAAAAUACAAGCUAGGCAUUCAUGGAUACGCAUUUGCAAUUACGAAUAAUGGAUAUAUUCUGACACAUCCUGAACUCAGACCUCUGUAUGAAGAAGGAAAAAAGCGAAGAAAGCCCAAUUACAGCAGCGUUGACCUCUCUGAAGUUGAAUGGGAAGACAGAGACGAUGUGCUUCGAAAUGCAAUGGUGAAUCGGAAAACAGGAAAAUUCUCCAUGGAAGUGAAGAAAACAGUGGACAAAGGGAAGCGAGUGUUGGUGAUGACAAAUGACUACUAUUAUACAGAUAUCAAGGGGACCCCUUUCAGUUUAGGUGUGGCUCUGUCUAAAGGACACGGCAAAUAUUUUUUCAGAGGGAACGUGACAAUAGAAGAAGGAUUACAUGAUUUAGAACAGCCUGAUGUCUCUUUGGCAGAUGAAUGGUCAUAUUGCAACACAGACUUGCAUCCGGAACACCGCCAAAUGACUCAACUGAAGGCAAUUAAAAACUAUCUCACAGGGAAAGAGCCAUUGCUUCCUUGUGACAAAGAAUUGAUACAGGAAGUCUUAUUUGAUGCAGUUGUGAGUGCCCCAAUUGAAGCUUAUUGGACCAGCCUAGCACUAAAUAAAUCAGAAAAUUCAGACAAGGGAGUAGAGGUUGCUUUCCUUGGAACUCGGACAGGCCUUUCUCGGAUCAAUCUUUUUGUUGGGCCGGAACAACUAACUAAUCAAGACUUUUUGACAGCUGAAGACAAGGAAAAUAUUUUUAAUGCGGAUCAUUUCCCACUUUGGUAUAGAAGAGCUGCUGAGCAGAUUCCAGGAAGUUUUGUCUACUCCAUUCCAUUCAGUACAGAAAAAGCAAACAAGAGCAAUGUCGUAACAGCAAGUACAGCCAUACAGCUGCUGGAUGACCGAAAGUCACCUAUGGUAGCAGCUGUAGGUAUCCAGAUGAAACUGGAGUUUUUCCAAAGGAAAUUCUGGACUGCUAGUAGACAGUGCACGUCUCUUGAUGGCCGCUGUUCUAUAAGCUGUGAUGAUGAGAAUAUUAACUGUUACCUCAUCGAUAAUAAUGGAUUUAUAUUAGUUUCAGAAGACUACACGCAGACUGGAAACUUCUUUGGUGAGAUUGAAGGUGCAGUGAUGAACAAAUUGCUAAUAAUGGACUCAUUUAAAAGAAUUACACUGUAUGACUACCAAGCCAUGUGUAGAACAACGAAAGAGAGUAGCGAUAGUGCCCACACCUUAUUGGAUCCUUACAAAGCUUUCUUUGCUGCAGUCAAAUGGAUUGUGACUGAACUUGUCUUGUUUCUGGUGGAAUUUAAUCUAUGCAAUUGGUGGCAUUCAGAUCUUAUAGCAAAGGCUCAGCGAUUGAAGCAAACUCUAGAGCCUUGUGACACUGAAUAUCCAGCUUUUGUUUCUGAACGCACAAUCAAGGAGACCACAGGAAAUAUUUAUUGCGACAACUGCUUCAAGUCCUUUGUUAUCCAACAAAUUCAAAAUAGCAAUCUCUUCAUGGUAGUAGUAAGUAAUGAAUGUGACUGUGAAUCAGUUUCACCAAUUACCAUGGAACCAAUAGAAAUAAGGUAUAAUGAAUCCCUAAAAUGUGAACGCUUAAAAUCUCACAAGAUUAGGAGACGUCCAGAAUCUUGUCAUGGAUUUCAUCCUGAGGAGAAUGCUAGAGAAUGUGGUGGUGUUUCGGGCCUGAGGGCUAAGCCUACUCUUCUUGUGCUAUCUCUGCUGUGGGUCAUUUUGUCAAGGUGACACUGGCUGAUCCAUGAUGCCCUGUUAAAUCUAUGGAUAAACUGUGAACUGAGAAAUGGUGCAACGAGAAGACAUGAAAUAAGUCAAAACAUCAGCAUUUCAUGAUUUUAAACAAAUGGGAUGGUAUAAACUCUAAAUUAUGUAAAUAAAAGACAUUUAUCCUUGUUUUUUUUUUGCACAUCAUGCAAAUAUGGAUUUGCCAUACAAUAAUCACCAUUCAUCAAGAACAGAGCCUCUUCAGUAGAUAGAUACAAAUGGUCAUUACUUUCCGCUUUACCCCAUGGAAAAUAAUUUAAAACUCUGUACUUUUUAAAUAAA